CUCAUCAGCCCGGACCCGCCAACUCCCGCCUCGCGCCUGCCCGGUUUCCAGCAACCCUCUUCACCACCACAAUCGUCACUCGACCUGCCACUCGUUCACCCACCCUCCGCAUUUCCACACGCCCACCCCGCGCACUCACUCCCACCGCCGUUAUCCACCCGACCCUUCGACGCUCGCUGGAGGAUACAUCGCAGCCGCUGGUUUGGCCGACCCUGUUCCCCGUACUCGCCCAGAGUACGACACCAUCUCCUGAGGGCCGCCCGCCUUCACGACACCCACUCUCGCACGCUAAUACCGACACCCGUCGCCCACCAUGGUCCCGUCGCUAUCGAAAUCGCUCCUCGUCCUGGCGGCGGCCGCGCUGCCCUUUGUCUCCGCCGAGCGCAUCAUCGAGUCCCGGUCGCUCAACCCGUGCCAGGCCAACUCGAGCUUCUCGGCCACGCUCUUCAAUGUCGCCUUCACCCCCGACAACCGAAGCCUGGGCUUCGAUAUCGAGGGUGUCUCCAACAUAGCCGGCAAGGUCGAUGCCGAGAUGGAGCUGCUGGUCUACGGCUACUCUGCCCUCAAGCAGGACCUGUCGCCCUGCGACAACCCCGAGCUCUCGGGCAUGUGCCCCAUGAACUCCGGCAACAUCGUGAUCAAGUCCAACAUCGACAUCAGCGCUGAUGUCAUGAGCAACAUUCCAGGCAUUGCCUACACCAUCCCCGACCUCGACGCCGUCGUCCGAAUCAAGAUCUACAAGGAGGGAAGCAGCGAGCAGCUUGCCUGCGUCGAGGCAGAGCUCUCCAACGGCCACAGCGUCGACCAGAAGGCUGUCGCGUGGGUGACCGCCGUCAUUGCCGGUCUGGGACUGGUGGCAUCUGCCAUUACCUCUGGCUUGGGCCACUCGAAUACCGCUGCCCACGUCGCCGCUAAUGCUAUGUCGCUCUUCGGCUACUUCCAAGCGCAGGCCUUCAUCGGCAUGUGCGCUGUACCAUUGCCCCCCGUUGUCGCUGCCUGGACGCAGAACUUCCAAUGGAGCAUGGGUAUCAUCCGCGUUGGCUUCCUCCAGGAGAUGGCGACUUGGUACCAGCGCGCCACCGGCGGAACCCCGACUACCUAUCUGUCGCAGCUGUCCACCAUCUCUAUUGAAGUCCAGAAAAUGAAGCGUUCUCUAGAUGCGCUUCCGAUUCCUGGCAAGCGAGCCUUGUAUGCAGGUGCCCGGAGGCUGGGAGCCAUCGUGGCACGCAGCAACGCGGGAUCCACCAAUGCCCAGACCGACAACCGAAUUGUGCUGCACGGCAUUAAGCGCGUUGGUUUCAAGGCCCACAUCGAGACCACCAACAUCUUCUUCACCGGCUACUCCUUCUUCGUCAUCUUCGUUAUCGUGGUUGUGCUCGGCGUCAUUGCCUUCAAGUACAUCUGUGAGGGUCUCGUCAAGACCGGCAAGAUGAAGAGCGACAAGUUCCUGGACUUCCGCAACGGUUGGCGGACCGUUCUUAAGGGCAUCCUGUUCCGCGUCGUCCUCAUUGGUUUCCCGCAGAUGAUGGUCCUCUGCUUCUGGGAGCUCACACAGCGCGAUUCCGCCGGCGAAGUUGUUCUCGCCAUCUUCACCUUGGUUACUAUGAUCUGUAUUCUCGCUUGGGCCACGUCCAAGGUCAUCCGCAUCGCUCAACGCUCCAUCACCAUGCACAAGAACCCGGCCUACAUCCUCUACUCGGAUCCUGUAGCCCUCAACAAGUGGGGCUUCCUCUACGUACAAUUCAAGGCUGCCGCGUACUGGUUCAUUGCCCCCAUCCUGGGCUACCUUCUCGUCAAAGCCAUGUUUGUCGGCUUCUCGCAGAACAACGGCACCGUCCAGGCUAUUGCCUUUGUCUUGAUUGAGGCAGCUCUUCUCAUUGGUGUCUCCGUUUUGCGACCAUACAUGGACAAGAAGACAAACGGCUUCAACAUUGCCAUCGCUGCUGUCAACUUCCUGAGCGCCAUCUUUCUCCUUGUGUUCACUGAAGUGUUCAAGCAACCCGGCAUUGUAACCGGUGUCAUGGGCGUUAUUUUCUUCAUCUACAACGCUGCAUUCGCCCUUGUCCUUCUUCUCAUGGUCCUUGUUUCCUCCGGACUCGCUCUUUUCUCAAAGAACCCAGAUACCCGUUACCAGCCCAUGCGUGACGACCGCGGAUCUUUCAUCAAGUCGCAGACCCAACUCACCACUGAGCUCGAUGCUCUUGGUGCCACGGCACGCGGCGAAGGCAAGGGCACGCACAACCGUGCUGGCAUUGACGAUGACGACGACGCCUUCUCAGCCAGCUCCGCAGAGCAGAGGCAGAUGGCGGCCAAGGAGGGCGGUUUCACUGAGCACUACCAGCCAGCUCCUCCGCGAAGCCCUGUGUCGACGACUUCACCUUACUCGUCGCAUGGGCACCCUCCAUCAAUGCCGUCACAGGCGCCCCCAUCCUACUACGGCCGCAGCGGCAGCCCAGCCCCCUCACAUCCCUCAACCGGGUAUGGGAGGGCAGGGAGCCUAAGGAACGAGGCGCAGUAUCGGUCAGCGAACAACUCGAGCCCGUGGCAGCGCGGAGCGGGAUACGAGCAUUGACGCCAGGAAGAGCGGUCAUCCCUCUCGAACGAGCGGAU